GCUUCUCUCCUGUACAUAUGUACAUAAAUAAUAGGAGAUUGUUGUAUUUAGUAUUCUUUUUUAUUUUUUUUGUGUGCUGCUAUUAUACAUACAGACCACACAGUGUCAUUAGCAAAUAUUGAUAUCGAUUGUAUUAGCGAAAGCUUCAAAAUAUAAUAAAAUGCAACACGUAUAUUAAAUUCUUUUAUAAUCGCGCACAUUUUUUCUGUUUUAAUAAGUAUAGAAAGAUAUUAUAUAAAACACUUCUCGUGUUACAAAGCGCGAUUGUGUAUUCUCACUAUAUUUGCACUUUCUUUGAUGAAUAUAUUAUAUUGAUAUAAUUCACAAGUUAUAGAUUUUGUUAAGAUGGAUUUUAAACCAAGUAAUGGAUUUUUUGACUUGUGUAUAAAUGUAUCGAAGGAGAAUGAAGAUCGUUUAAAUGAUAUUUUAUUAAAAUUAUAUCAAAUGGGUUAUAAGACAGUGAUGUUAAAUCAAACUAUAGAAGAAAAUACUGUUAAUAAUGAUAGAAAAAAGAAGAGAAAAGGUGAAGAGAAUAAAACUGUACCAAAUAUGGUGCCAGAUCCAAUUAAUGUGUGCAAACUAAAUGAGAAAUUUAAGGGAAAACUAUGUAUACUUAAUAGGAUCACAUUUAUUUGUUCAGAUCCUACAAAAACACAUACAUUGGCACAGUGUCCAAAUUUGAAAAAAUACCAUUUAUAUGCUAUUGUUCCAACUAAACAAGAUAUGUUGGAGUUUGCUUGUUCACAAUUAAAUGUAGAUCUUAUUACGAUAAGACCAUUAAUUUCUGGCUUAAAAAUGAAAAGAAAGCUAUAUCGUCAAGCAGUAGCAAGAGGUUUAUGUUUUGAAAUACAAUAUGCAGAUCUCUUAAACCGAAAAACACGCGUAGCAACUAUUCAUUACUCUCAUCUACUUCACAUGUAUUACAAGUGUAUGAAUGUAAUCAUAUCAAGUGGUGCAGAUAAUCCAAAUUUAAUCAGGAAUCCUUACGACAUCAUAAAUCUUGGAUCUAUGUUAGGUUUAAGCGAAAUCAAAUCAAAAGCAGCUAUAUUAAAUCAAUGUCAACUGCUCCUUUUAAGAGCAGAAAGACGAAUAUCUGGCAAAGCAGUUUUUACAGUGGAGUUUACAGAAGAUCCAGUAGAAGAAGAUAAUGAGGAUAAAUAUUGAUAAUAAAAAAGAAUAAAAAAAAAGUAAAUGUACAAAUUAAUACUAUAAAAUUUAAUUUUACAACUUCAUAAAAAACUUUUAUAAAAAAAAUGUUUUAUAUUUUAUUAUGUAUGUUUCACAGUAUAUUGUUCUCUUUUUUUAAAAUUAAGCUUUUCUAAACUAUCAUUUAUGAUUCUUAUGCAAUAUUUAAUAUCUGUGUCAGUUUUUACAAACUCAUUUUUACAUUUUUUUUUCUACUAUAAUUUUAAUUGUGCAAAAAUUUAAUUUAAAAAAUCUCUGUUAGUCUUAUUCCAUAUGUUUCUUGUAAUAGAUUGUAUAAACAUAUUUUUAUUGUA